UGCAUCACAUCAGAGCCGUCCUUCUCCUCUAAAGCAGGCGUUCAUGCCAAAAUGGGAUGUGGAAAUUCCUCCGCCACCAGCACGACAGCAGGAGGUCCAGCAGAAGCUGCCAAGGAUCUGACAGAAGAACCUUCGCCGGAUGAUGAGAAACGAAGGAACUAUGGAGGAGUGUAUGUGGGUCUUCCUGCUGAUCUGACCUCAGUAGCUGCCAGCCAAUCAAAAUCCACACAUAAAGACUGAAAGCAGAUCACAUGAAAUGACAACGAUAAAGCCUCUUCAGAACCCAAGCUCUGCAGUCGCUGAUUUACAACGGAUAUUCAGACGAUAUUCGAGGAUGGAGCUGCUUUUGGAAGCGAAUCCAGAACGGGUCGGCACUUCGGAAUGACAUCACCGUGACAUCAUACCGGCUGGCGUACAGAAGGGUUCUGUUCGGAACACUGAGCAUUAUUGUGACUAUGAAUGUAGACUCUGUUGCCAUGGUGACCGUCGACCCCCGUGACCUCUCCGUCCGCCAGGAGGACAUCCUGGUAUUUCGGAGUCACCAUCGCAGGGCAUUUCCUGAGUCUGCAGACCCAUCAGAUCUGAUCAACUGUAGGCUACGUCUCAUAACUGCAAUAACUGACUCUACUGAACCUAUUCUUUCAGUUUUGUUCUUCUUAGAAAAAAAGGAUCUGAAAAAGGAUGAUGUAUUUUACAUACAGUAUGUAA